UGCGAGCGUUGAUUUCAAAAUUUUUUACAAUUUAAAUCAUAAAAUCUUGAAGAAUUUAAUAAAAAGAUAUACAUUUGCAAAGUAAUAUACUAUAAUUGGUUAAAAAUUCAAAAAGAAGUUUCGAAGAAAAUGACUACUCGCCCAAAGAGAACAGCCGCCAAAGUCAAAAACAUUAUUGAAAUAUCUGAUAGUGAAUCUGAAAGUGAGCCUGCAGCGAAGAAAGUUAAGGAGUCAGAUGAGGACUGCAGCAGCGUUGACUCAGAUUUUCGUGUUGAAGGCAAUAAAAUUGUGGUAAAACCUCCAGCCAAAAAGAGGAUUGGUCGACCUAAAAAAAAUUCAGUUACCAAAUCAAAAAUUGAGAACAAUGAUGUAGAUGUUUGCACGGAAACGCACUUGAAUCCUCAUCCUUGGAAAUUUCAUGAUCUUUUGGCAGAGAAAACUUCAAUAAGUUCAUUUGUAGCCCAAAAUAUUGUAACACUUUUAAGUAACGAUAAUACCAUACCUUUUAUAUGUCGAUAUAGAAAAGACAUGGUUGGUAACAUUAGUCCUGAAAAAAUGCGAGAUAUCAAAAUAUGUUUUCAGGAAAUUCUUAAUUUGCAACAAAAAGCAGAUAAUAUAAUCAAAACUUUGGAAAAAGACAAUCUAUUAAAAGAUAGUGUUAAAAAUGACAUCCUAGCUGCAAAAACGUUAGAAGAAUUAGAAUUUUUGUAUGCACCUUAUAAACCUGCUAAUAAAGGUUCUUUAGCUGAUCGCGCAAGAGCUUUAGGACUAGAAGAAGUCGCAGAAGAUAUUUUAUAUGGAAAUUCUUUAGUCAAACUGGAAUCAAAAAUUGACAAAAAUGUGAAAGGUUUGGAUUCCAAAGAAAGUAUAUUAGAAGGAAUUGUACACAUAAUAUCUCAUAUCAUAAGUAAAAACACGGAAGUGUUAGAAGAAUUGAGACGAAUACAGAAAAUUCAUCGUAUAAUUAUAAAAUGUUCUAAGAGUACCUCAGCAACUAAAGAAAAGAAACAAGUCUUAACAAAUAAUGUUCUCAAACUGAAAAGCGUUAAAGAAGGAUCUCGAAAAAGCAAUGAAUACAAAUUUGAAAUUUACUACAAUUUUGAAAAUGCAGUGCGUUAUAUAAAACCGCACCAAAUAUUGGCGAUUAAUCGAGGAGAAAAGGCAAAGUGUUUAAGUGUAAAGGUUAUUGUUCCAGACCGCGUAAAAAAUGAAAUGAAACAUUAUAUACGUCAGUUAUUUUUAACUAAUGGUCAAAGAUAUCAACUUCGUAAUGAAAUUUUUGAAAGGUCUUACGAGGAAUGUUAUGUAAAAAAAUUGUUACCAUUUCUUCAACGACAAGUUCGGAGCGACUUAAAUGAAAUAGCAAAAAAAGCGUCAAUUGAAGUUUUCGCGAAAAAUUUAAAGCAAUUGUUACUAAUGUCGCCUUUAAAAGGUAAAAAAAUUCUUGGAAUUGAUCCUGGAUUUUCUAACGGUUGUAAGAUGGCAUUAAUAAGUGAAACUGCAGAUGUUUUAGAUACUGGAGUUAUUUUUCCGCAUACCAAAGGUGAAAAUAAAGACCAAGGACGAAUUUUAGUGGAAAUGUUAGAGAAACAUAAUUGCAAUUUAAUUGCAUUAGGAAACGGAACCGCUUGUAGAGAAACAGAACAUUGGUUGACAAAUUUAUUUAAGGACGGGAUGCUUGACCCGGAAAAAAUAAAAUAUAGCAUAGUUUCAGAGCAAGGUGCUUCAAUUUAUUCUUGCAGUGAAAACGCGAGGAAAGAGUUUCCGAAUUUAGAUGUUAACAUAAUCAGUGCAAUUUCAAUUGCACGUCGUUUAAACGAUCCAUUAAGUGAGUAUGUUAAAAUCGAACCACGGCAUAUCGGCGUCGGCAUGUACCAACAUGAUGUAAAUGAAAAAGAUUUAUCGGAAGCAUUAAACGAAGUUGUAACUGAAUGUGUUAGUUUCGUGGGCGUUGAUAUUAAUACUGCUAGUUUAAGUAUAUUAAAGUACAUUUCCGGUCUUACGGCUAGUCGAGCUGAAAAGCUAAUAGAGUAUCGGAUAAAAAAUGGGCCUUUUAGAACAAGGAGGGCUAUCGUUAAAGUUAAGUCUAUUGGAGAAAAAACUUAUACACAAUGCGCUGGAUUUAUUCGAAUUGAUCCAAUGACUGUUGGUGGAAGUAUUUCAAAUUAUUUGGAUUGUACGUGGGUUCACCCAGAAAGUUAUGAUGUAGCAAAGAGUAUUAUCGAGAGUUUGAACUUCAAAGUAAAAGAUAUAGGCCAAGCACAAUUUAUGAAAAAAAUGCAAGAAAUUUCAAAUCCACAAAUAGAGGUUUACGCAAGAGAAUUCAAUUUACCAAAAGAAAGAAUAGAGUGCAUAUUAGAAGGGUUAAAACGUGAGCCUUUUAAAGAUUAUCGUUUAGAUUUUGAUAAAAAACCACUUUUCAAAAGCGGAGUUUCAAAAAUUACAGAUUUAUCCUUGAUGGACAUAGUAACUGGUGCCGUAACAAAUGUUACACAUUUCGGAGCUUUUGUGGAUAUUGGUGUAGAAAAGGAUUGCUUAUUGCACGUUAGUAAAAUGAAUGGAAUGACGUUGAAUAUUGGCGACCGUAUUGAAUGUAGUGUCGUAGACAUAGAUACCUCUAAAAAUCGUGUAAAUUUAAGAUUGGAAGGAAUGGCUAUAUAGGAAAUUAUAUCAUCGCACUUUAUGAGCUUGUUUACUUACUUUAUACCUACAUAUAUAUGUAUAUAUAUUAUAAUGAUGCUGUGAUUAUGCUAAUACAUGAAUACUCACAUAAGCAAAAUUGGAUAAAUUGUAAAUUUUUUUUAACAAGCUGACGAUUAUCCAAUAAUUAAAAAAUUUAAAUAAGAUUGCAUAAACUGUGCGAGAUUUUUUAUUAAUUUGAAUAAAACUUUUAAAAUAGA